UGCCGCUGCUGGACUGGCACGGAGGCACCCUUCGGGUCCAUGUUGGAUCCACGCGACUCGACCCGCCUGGGCGGUUCAUGGGGUGAGACGGCGCUCGACAAGCGGGAGAGUCAUCGCCAAGCUUGGACGGAGGAUUUUUCAUCAGAGGACAUGGAGCUUUCGGCCAGUGAACUCAGCAUUUAUGAUAAACUUUCAGAGACUAUUGACUUGGUGAGACAGACUGGUUACCAGUGUGGUAUGUCUGAAAAGGCCAUUGAGAAAUUCAUUAAACAACUCUUAGAAAAAAAUGAACCACAAAGGGGACCCCCACGCUUUCCUCUAUUAAUGGUUCUAUAUAAGGGAUUGGUUACCCUGGGAGUAGUUUUACUAACGGCAUACUUCAUGAUUCAGCCAUAUUCGCUUUCACCAUCUGAAAACACACUCACCAAAGCCCACCCAUGGAGUUCCCUCUUUCAUCAUAUCCGGUUGCUGCCAUUACCCAUUACCAAGAAAUACAUGCUAGAGAAAUGUCCAGAGUGGUGGGGCUUGGACUGCAGACAGAAUAUGUCUCUAACUGCUAAGUGCUCUUGCUGCUGCUCCAUGAAAACUCUUGUUGCUCCAGUUGACCUCAGGCAACUAUCGGAAAAAAUCCUGCAAGGGCAGCCUCUCUUGAUCAAGACAAGACAGCAUCGUUCUUAUGCUGAAAUGAAACAUUUUCAGUCUCUCUACCCCGAAUUGACAAAUUUUGUGAUACAAGAGGAGGCAGCUGAGUUAUGGAGCAGCCCUUCCAAGCAGCAACCUCCAUUUUCUGUUUUCUGGCAAAACCCUCAGAAUAAAUCUCAGAUUCUGCAAGAAAUUUUUCCCAUCUUUUCUUCGCUGCUGUUUCCAAAGGACAUUUCUCUAAAAAGCUGUUUCUUAAUCCACCAUCCACGACUUCAAGAUAAGACAUACAGACUGCAGAACACCUUUGUGGUAGGAAGUGGUCAGCUCAACUUAUAUGUUAUUCCGUCUCUCUUGUGCAGAGAACACUGCAAGACAUUGAUGGUAGAGCUAGAAGCUGGAGAUAUUGGUUUUACAAAUGUAGAUUAUUGGACAACAAAUUUUAACUCCAGAGGAUCUGAACCCGUUGUUGUUUGUGAUGGAUCUGCCAGUUGAAAACUCAAUGUGUAAGACCUCAAUAUCACAAAAGAUUCGGGGAUGAUACCACUACAGUUUCCAGAGAUAAGUUUUCGCUUCUGAUCUGCAGUGAAGAAAGCUGUGCACUUUUAAAAGAACAUUUUAUUCAAGGUCACUGGCUUGCCUUUCAGAUGUUUUGGUAGAAACUGGAAGAUCUCUUCUCUAGCUUUUUGUAGAAUUAUUCUUGAAAACCGACUGAUGGAUUUUGUGGGGGGGGGAAAGGUCUGUGAAUACUCUUUGUGAAUAUUGUUCUUUUUGACACUGUAGAAGGAGUCGUCUCAAAAUACUUCUUUCCAGACAUGCUGGAAGAGGUAACGUCAGAGCUGCUGAUGAAUGUGUCUCUGGAUCAUUGCUUUAAAAGAGCAAACUACUGAAAUAUUGGGUAGGCUGAGAAAUUAAAAAUGUCUCUUGAGAAAAGCAUUUGCUCAGGUUCUUAUCCUAUGUUAUAGUUUGAAUGCAGGAAUUUGGUCCACAGCCGCAUUUUUCUUUCUUUCACUGUAUUACGAUGACGCAUCUUCAGAAUAUUCUUUCCAGUAAAAAAAAAUCGUCUUUCCACUUAAGAACACAGCGUGACUUUAUGUAGUCAUCUCAUCACCAAAACUGUGUGGCUAAGUUGGGGUUUGUAUACUUGACAGAGAAAAGCAUCCUGCAAAUAUAUUUUUCUUUCUCUUUUCAUAAAUACUUUUCCCUGGACUAAGUCAGUAGAAUGCCAAAUCCAUUUCCCCCCCAAAAUGAGUAAUAAGAACCAAAUUUGUUAGAGCAAUGACUUGGUGAGAAUGGUGAGCAUCCUCUUCUGAAAAUUAAGCCUUUGGAGAGGGUCUGAGUUGGACAUUCCAAAUUAGUCAUCAUUUUAAUUUGUUAUCAUGGUUGAAUUGAUCUUGGGAAAGCAUAUCUUGAAAACAUUUUCUAAAAUUUUGGUUUGAAUGUCUCCAGAUCUUUUAAAAUCGAGGUGGAUAUUUGUGGGGAGAGUUGCAGUGUGCAGUGUUUAAUGUGUGCCAUGAAUAUGCUUGCCAUUCUCUACAAGCUUUAAUUGUGUUUCCUCUUUCAUUAGCAUUGUCAGUGUUUGAUUCUUGAUUGCCUUCCCAGGUUUUUGUAUUUCCUCAUGGUUCUUGUGAGCUCAUCUAUCUAAUAUCUUUAGAAGGGAUUAUUUUCUAGCACUGAAAUUGUAGAGGUGUUUCCCUUGAGCGAAUCUUUAGGUUCCUGUUGUGCUAAGACAAUUUGCAGAUGUGUCAGGCUGAAGCCAGGCCAGCAGUGAGGCUAGUGCGCAUAUUUGUACAAGUUUAUAUGCUUUGGGGGAUUCUUUUAUUAAAAUGUAAUAAAAUUGCAUUAAUUUGUAAAGAAAACAGUUUUAAAGAAUGGACUAGAAUAAUAUCUUUGUUUUUAAAAUAUUUUGGUUAAUUAUUAAUUGUUCAGCAGAGUAACAGUUAAAGGAGCCUGUCAGAAUCACAAUCCCGUUCUCAUGGCAUAGUGCAAAUAGACGAAUUUGUUUAUUUCCUUCUGUUUCUGACUGGAAACAUGCAUAACUAAUUGGGAUAUUGAGGAACUAAAUUAUGACAAUGAAAUUAGUCUUAUGGAUGUUUAAAGGAUUUGUGAAUAAAUAAAUGAUAGGACUAUGAAAUUUAGAAGGUGGGAACUAAAUCUUCAUCACUGAAGUUUAACUGCAUGCUAAGUGUUUUCACCUUUUUUUAAAACAAAUUUCACACAUAAUGUCACUUUAGGUUUGUAUAGAAAAAAGAAACUUUUGUAAUCUGGGCUAAGUAUUUUAGUAAAGGGGUGUGGGUGUGUGUGUGUGCGCGUGUGCGUGUACACAAUGAUAGCUAGAGAAGUGGCAAAUAUGUUGUUUGGUUUUUCAUUAAUAUUUUCUAUAUCAUUUUAUAUGAGAAGAAACCCCAUUAAGUUUAAUGGCACUUGUUUCUCAGAAGGCAUGUAUAGAUAAAAAACCUCACUGUAUAUAAAUAUCCUAAGUGGAAUUUCUUAUUUGAUAUCUCUAUAAUCUGGGUGGUUUUUUUUUUAAUGAAAAAGCUAGAAGGUUUUUAAAUUCUUUUUCAUUCAUUCUUUUACCAAGGUUAAACACAGAUCCAUCUCUCCAGAGAAUACUGCUCACUUUGAACUGCAUGUUGGUCAUAUUUUUAAUUUUUAUAAAAAUAAUUUAAAAGAAAAAAAAUCCAAAGCAUUUCAGAUGACAAAGACCACUUAACUCUACAAAGUUAUGGAAAGUUGUUUCUGCUUUGGUAGUAAAAUAUGUAUAUUUAAAAGAUUUAUGUCAGUGAUACUCACUGUUUAAUAAUAUGCUGGAAGGCAGGAAAUUGAUGUCAGUCUAAGGAUCUCUGGAUAACAAUUUUUAAAAGUACAAAUAUUUCCAUAGGAUGGCUUGUGUUUUUUUUCUUUCUCAAAUACAAACUGGGAUAUUGUUAGCAUGUUGGACAGGGAAUAAUGUAUCUAUCCUACUUUUGGACUCUGGUUUUCCAUGUGUACUUUUGUCUUUGAGUUGGCUUCGAGGUCUGGGUUUAGGAGGUGCUGUGCGUAUGUCCAAGUCUUAUUCCCUCUGGAGUUUACAUCAUUUGUUUUCAAACUUCCAGUACAUUUUCUCCUCCUUUUCUACAAGCUGCAAGGAAUUAAAAGCAGAAGUAAUUGCUCAAGAGGAAUCCAAGAUCCAAGUUCUUGCUUUUUAGCUGAUUAAGAGCAUUUACUUCGAUAAGAUCCUCAGUUGUUUCAUUUGGAAUGCAUACUACUAUUGGAAGGCACCAGGCAGGCGAAGACUGUUUCAGAGCAUAUGGCAAUGAAUGAAUAUAUAUAUUCAUUGUUGCUAUGUUUUCAGCACUUUUGCCACCCUGUUGCAUGACAUUAAUAGUUUUUUGGUUGGUUUUUUUUUUUUUUUGGCAGAAAAUGCUUUAGAUUUCCUGUCCGAUAUUCACUGUAUAUGUUGGUCAAUCUGUUCUUUGCUUGUUUGGAGAAACAGCCUAGCUGCUCUGUUCUGCUGCGGCGCAUAUAAAGCUUACAUUACAUCCUGUAGGCACAGUCCUAAACUAGCAUUGGUAGUUUGUUUCUCAGUUCUCAGGCCAAGAUGCAGACUUUGUUUGCUAGAUACAUAGCAAUGAGCGAAAUAUUUGUCUUUGGGCAAACUGCAUUGAAUUGAUAAACUGAAAUGAUAUAAUGAGCAGCGUUCAUUGAAGCUUGCCCUGUUGUCUAAACCACUCACAUCUGUGGAUACUUGGUGUUCAGAUCACUGCAGUUUUCUUCCUAGAUUUCAGUUUUUAAACCCCAGGAUUGAAGUAUAACGAAUGCAAACAACCUUCAUAAAAAUUUUUAAACAAUUUCAGGGAAAUUCAGAAGGUUUCUGUUGCACACAGUAGAAAUUCCAGAUGGCCCUUAACUCUUGACUAGUCUUCCCCCCCCCCCAAAAGCUAUGUACGACCCAUUUUUGAAGUCACAAUGGCUGCAUGCAUAGACACUCUGCGGUCACAUGAUUGCCUGUUGAGCACUUGGCAGCUGAGUUACCUUUACAGCCACUUGUAGCAUCCCAUGGUCAUGUGACCACAAUUUGCUAUAAGUUUUUUUUUUUUGCUGGUUUUUGGCUUUUAUUUCCAGUUUCUGGCAAAAGCCACCUGUUGGGGAAAAUUGAUUCACUUAACGACUACUGCGUUUGCUUAAUGAGUGCCAUAAAAAUGUCAAAAAAUUUGGUCCAGUCAUGUUCAUGCUUUGAUUUACGAUCUCAAUUACUUAUAUCCAUAAUUCCAGGCUUAUUUAUACUCUUAAGUUGAGGACUAUCUGUAAUUAUUCAUAUUUAUAGGAGAGUUGGGUGUUUGAAAAUAAUGGCCAUUUUUAGAUCUAUAACUUUGGCAAAGCUUAUGGUAAGUUAGGGGUGCAUAGUGGGCCUUUCUGAAGCCACUGUUUGCCUACAAAGAAAAUCUUCACUGAAAAUUCAGCUACCUUUGAAUGGAAGGCAUUUAUAUGUUAGAAUAUUUCUCUGUUUUUCUUUGUUUCAUUUAUUAGGGAAAUGUAUAGCUUGACAAAGCCUGGAAGGGAUAACUUUUUAAAGAAACAAAAUUAUCUGUUCUUUAACUGACUAAGGGAAAUACUUAAGUUUUUUUGUUUUAAAGUGUGUUUUAAUAUUAUUUGUCCAUGCACAGAAUAGCGAUAAUGUGUCUCAUUGCUAUAUAGUAUAUUAUAAAGGCUAGUUAAUUGUGUGUGUAUAUUGAAUACCCAUAGAGUCCAAAUUAUGGAACUUUUCACAUAAAUGAAUGUAAAUAUGCAAUACAUGCAGAGUUUUAUGAACAGUUAUAGUAAUAUAUUGCAACUUUUUGUAAAUAUUGGGAAAUAGUUGUAAAGAGUGUAAAUAAAUCAGAUUUAUAUGUUGAAAGUAGAGGUCAAGUUUUACUUUUUGCAAUUAAAUAUAAUUGUUGAUGCACUUUGCCCCAUAUGGCUUUUUUCCUUUGUUAAAUAAAUAAUGUUCUAUCAAAA